AUGAAGAACCAUAACUACAGUUUAUUUGAGGUUUAUGAAAUAAAAGAUGAGACUUUUGAAUUUUAACUAGUCAAAGAAUAUGAACUCUAUAUAAAUAAAUCUGUAUUAGGGGAAGGGUGCUUUCAUAAAGUUAAUUUAGCCAUUUAAAAAAGAGAUUUUGUUGAAUCAUAAUAAAGUGAUGGAUUCCUGCUUAUUAAAGAGAAAAGUAUAGAACCUAAAAAAUGGGUUGUAAAAAAAGUUAAAUCUUAUGAAAAUUUAUAAGAAGUCCCUUAUGAUAUUGCUAAGCAGUAAAUUGCACUAAAACUUGCUGAUGCAUUUAAUGAAUUGUUAAGAAGAAGAUCAAAAAGCUUAGAUAUAUUUGUGAGGUACGUUAAGCCUUACUUAGCAGUUCCAUUAUUCAAUGAAGAGCAUAAAUAUGUUUAUGAGCUAGAGGAAUAUUAAGACACAAAAGAAGACAAUGGUUUUUAUAUUUUCAAUAGACCAACAGGUAAUAUUGAUUAAAAUAUGAAUUAACAUCCUCAUUUGGGGAUAGUAAGGCUUCCUCAUACAUUUAGCCAUUGGACUUAUGUGAUAACUAACGGUUUAGUGAUGAUUACUGAUGUUCAAGGGUGGAAAGUCAAUAUUGGUCAAUAUGUAUUUACAGAUCCAGUCGUGUUUUCUAAUAUAGAGGGACUACUUGGAAAAAUUGACUGGGGUUAAAGUGGAAUGAAAAAUUGGCUCAAUAAGCACAAAUGUAAUGACAUGUGUAUAAAGUUAAGACUUGAUACCAUGAAUCCUGAUAUUACCCUUAUUGAAUAGCUUUAAAUUUACCUUGACAAAUUUGCAAGCAAAGAGAUCUAGGAGAUUAUGUUUGACCUCAAAAUAUUAACUGGCUAGAGAUUUAAAGAGAGUAACUAUAAUUUUUGA